CACGCAGUGACACUUGACAAACUGCAGCAGCUGAAAAUAGAUUUCGUUGCAGGCGAUCCAAAUCCCAUCAUCAACUACCAUUCUUCCCUCCAUUUUUUUCUGGUCCACUCCUGGUCUUAAAUUCAAAGCCAAAACCAGCUACACAACACAAGCCUCAUAAGUUGUAGAAACUUGAUUCUUUUUUUCAUGAUCCAAACUCUCUUUCUCCUACCAUAUUCUCUCCAACUCUCAGAACCGACCAGGUGAAUGCCCACCAAUUCAGCUGCAAAAGAAACCCAAAAAUGGCAGCUCUUGAAUCCAUACAGUCUCAGUUGCCACUGCAAGAUUCCAUUUUCAGCACCAGCACUGUUACUGCAAUAUGUGUGUUCUUCACCCUCCUCUGCGCUUGCAUCAUAAUUGGUCAUUUGUUGGAAGAGAACCGAUGGGCCAAUGAAUCCAUCACUGCCCUUCUUUUGGGUUUGGUUGCUGGGCUUGUGGUGUUGCUGGUGACCAAGUUCCAGAGUUCGCGUAUUCUGAUCUUUAGUGAAGACUUGUUCUUCCUCUAUCUACUUCCCCCAAUCAUUUUCAACGCUGGUUUCCAGGUCAAGAAAAAGCAAUUUUUCAAGAACUUCACCACAAUUUUGUUAUUUGGAAUAGUUGGUACAGUAAUUUCUUUCUGCCUCAUAUCAUUAGGCGCCUAUUUUCUUUUCAAAAGAUUUGGUUUCACGACUCUGACCCUUCAAGAUUUCCUAGCUAUUGGUGCCAUAUUGUCAGCAACUGAUUCAGUUUGUACAUUGCAGGUUCUUAAUCAAGAUGAGACGCCCUUUCUUUACAGUGUCGUUUUCGGUGAGGGAGUAGUGAAUGAUGCUACCUCCAUUGUGCUUUUCAAUGCAGUACAAUCGCUAGACGUUAGCGACAUCGAUGCUCUUACAGCCUUGAAAUUGUUGGGGACUUUUCUUUACCUCUUCUUCACCAGUACUGCUCUUGGUAUAGCAGCGGGCCUACUUAGCGCUUAUAUCAUAAAAACACUUUACUUUGGAAGACAUUCUACAGAUCGUGAAUGUGCCCUCAUGAUGCUUAUGGCUUAUUUGUCAUACAUGCUGGCUGAGCUUAUGGGUCUCAGUGGGAUUUUGACCGUUUUCUUCUGUGGCAUAGUUAUGUCCCACUACACAUGGCACAACGUUACAGAAAGCUCAAGGAUAACAACCAAACAUGCAUUUGCAACAAUGUCAUUCAUUGCAGAAACGUUUAUAUUCCUUUAUGUUGGUAUGGAUGCCUUGGACAUUGACAAAUGGAAAGCCAGCAAUGCAAGUCCAGGAACUUCAGUUGGUGUCAGUUCACUGUUGUUUGCACUCGUAUUAAUCGGAAGGGCAGCAUUUGUUUUCCCAAUUGCAAACAUUACAAAUUGUUUUAAGAAAAGAGAGGGUACGAAAAUCGAGUUCCGUAACCAGUUUAUUAUGUGGUGGGCAGGCCUAAUGAGAGGUGCAGUCACUAUUGCUUUGUCAUACAACCAAUUUGCAGACAGCUCCGGUUCGACGUCGACAAGAGAUAGUUCCUUGAUGAUAACCAGUACCAUAAUUGUUGUUCUAUUCAGCACAGUGGUCUUUGGCUCCAUAACAAAGCCAUUAAUCUCAGCUCUGCUGUUGCAACAUGCAAAACCAAACAUUUCAGAUGCAACUGAUAUCCCGAGUCUAGAAGACUUAAGGCUUCUGUUCCUGGAACCAGGUGAGCCAAGUGGGGAAGGCAACAGCCAGCCAGCCAGAAAGGGAAGUAGCUUCAGGCUGCUGAUGACUCAUCCAACUUCAACUGUUCACUACUUGUGGAGAAAAUUUGAUGACAAGUUCAUGAGACCGGUGUUCGGUGGACGGGGUUUUGUUCCAUUUGUUCCUGGUUCACCAAGUGGUGCAGCAGAAGCUGCAGAACAUACUCCUUGAAAUCAAAGGCUAAAUAAUAUACAGUAAAAGUAAUUAUUCUAAUUAUUUUUUUAUUUUUUUGAUGCACAAAUAAACUUAUUAGGAGCUUGUUGUUCUUGUCUGUAUGUAAAGUGAGAGAGUGGGGCUGGUGCUGUAGUUAGAACAUUUGAGCAAAGUUUCCUCCUCUUUCUUUCUUAAAUUUGGAAAUAGAAAUGCCAAUAGUUUUCAAAUUGUAUUAUAGUCAAUUUACUCACAAUAUAAGUGCUUGAACUUCCU